UAUGUAUUGAAUGUUUAAAGAGACUUUAAAUAAGGUUUUGGAUAAAAGAAAACCCUUCAACCUUAACAUUUUGCUCGCGACUGACGGCGAAUUGUAAGGCAAGUUUUCCGAGGAUCAUAUUAUAGAAAGCAUUGGGUUUUGCAAGAAUUCCUGCUCCGGAAAAAAACACGUGACAGGUUGCUAGGUGCAUUUCUAUGACAACGCAUCCUCUCGAACGGGAAAUAGAAUUGUACAUACAGUAGAAAUCGUCACCGAGAACUCAGCCUUUUAGUUUUAUUUAAUCAAACUUUUGAUAAUACACCAACAUGAGCAGACUGGGAUAUAACGAUUACAACAUCAUGCGUUCACGCAGUGCAACGCCCCUCACCCCAGAAAUGUCCAAGAUUCUCCCUUACGUCAGUGACAAAACCAUCUCCCGCCAUCUCGGCUACGCUGGACGAUCUCUGGAUAUGGGUCACGCCAAGGCUUACUACAACCCGGCCAGGAAUGCCGUCUACUCCCGUUACUCCACCAACGACUGGGGGAUGUCCAACAGCAUGAACUUCUCCCUCUCCGAUAAGGAGAGGUCGUUCGCCGAGAGACUGAGGGCCGACGCCUGGAGAGCAGUCAAGGAGACCGAUGCCAGGACCCGCAACAGGCAGAACGACAUCACCAAGAAACUAGGGGAACGAGUCUAUGACAUUACAUUCUGGAAAAGUGAACUAAACAACGAGAUAAGUGCCAUGGCAACAGAAAUUGAAAACCUGAAGGAGUACCGCCGUACCCUGGAGAAGGCUCUUGGAGACACUGCUAACCCCCUCCACAUCGCCGAGGAGUGUCUGAUGCACCGUGAAAAACGCCAGGGCAUCGACCUUGUUCACGAUGAUGUGGAACGCACUCUGAUCAAGGAGGUAGACUGCAUCAAGAAGUGUCAGGCCAAGAUGAAGAAGGUUCUGGACAAAGCCUACGUCCAGCUGAAGAUGAACCGUGCCGCCCAGCACGCCAUGGAGAUUGAUGCCAAGGACAAGCACCACGCCCAGGGCCUGGACGACAGGAUGCAGCAGCUCAGGAACUCCUCCAGUGGCAUCGGCUACUACCCAGGCAUCGAGAGCAUCGACAACACAAUUACAAUUCCCGAUUCAUGGGUGAGGUAUACCCAGGAGAACAUCGCAAGAUCCCAGAAAGAACGGGCCGCCUCUGAACGCCUGAGAGGAGAAAUCGACAGCACUCUGCGUGCAUGCGCCAACGAGAUGUGGAACCAGUUCAACUCUGUGAACAACUCGUUCAACACCAGGAUCAGGGAGACAACUGAUGCCAGGAACAAACUGCAGGCUCAUCUGCAGAGAACUAUGCAGGAGAUCUUCGACAUGGAGAAGAACAUCGAGUUGUUGCGCAAGGCUAUCCAGGACAAGGAGAGCCCGAUGAAGGUGGCUCAGACCCGUCUGGACGAGAGGACCAGGCGUAUCAACGUGGAGCUCUGUAACGACCCCGUGAUGAAAUCACUGCAGAGAGAGGUGACCGAAAUCAGGGAGUCCGUGAGGAUUCUGAAGGAGAGGCUAAAGGCAUCCGAGCUCAGCUUAGCUCGCCUGAUGAAGACAAAGGCCACCCUGGAGCACGACAUUGGAGUCAAGGAUAACACCGUUAAGAUCGACACAUCUUACUGUAUGGGCAUGCGCAAGGGUUUCCCCAUGGACCCUAAAAUAGGCCCAGUUUUUCAAAUGCCAACAUGCUAGGUGAUUUUAACUAAUUAGGAACAAUUUUUAUCUCAGAGUUAUUGGACACCGACUGAUUCGAUUUUGAUGAACUAAUCAUAUAAGGGUUAAACACUUUGUUAUUGUAAAGUAUUAUAAAUAACAUAUAAAUGUUAUUCUGUAUCUAUAUAUAUGAGUUAGAGAGUUAGGGUGUAUUCCUUUUAUUUCGAAUUUCAUCAAUCAAAAUUAUAAACUUUUCUUUCAUUUUAAUGCCUUAGACAUCCUGUUUUGUAGUGUAUUUUUUCUAGUUUGCUGUAUGAAGAUGUUGAAAAGGAAUACAUUCUUCUAUAUUUCCAUGGUACACAAUGACACUCUCUGUGUUUUGUCAAUUACGACAAGUUGUUCGAUGUUUUCAUUUUCUCAAUUUCAUUGUCGCAAAUACAAUUUGCAUUUGUUGUUUUUUUUAAAGAAUGUCAUCAAAUUGUUUCAUUGUUUUACAUGUGAUAAGUAUGUUUGCUACUUGAAGUAAUUUUGUUAGCUAAUAGUUAUAGUUCUAAUGUUUUAUUUAUUUAUCUUUAUUAAUUUUUUUAUGUCUGUUGAUUUAAAUGAAAUCGUUUUCGAAUGUUGCUUUGACUAUCUAGUUUGUUUUCAGCUCGAGUUUUGUUACAAAGAGCAUACCAUUUAGUUGGGGAAGAUUUCUUUGUGCUGAUGUUCAUUAAAAUAUAUGAAAUAAUCACUUAUCAGUGAUUGUAAUCAAUGUUUGUUGAUAAAUUUGUAAUAUUUUACUUUAUUUAUUGGUAUUCUAUAACAUAUUACUCAUGUAUAUUGGUAUGUUUUGGGGGAUAUGGAUAUACUAAUUUUUCAUAGGAUGUCUGAAUUAAAAAAUUACAAGAAAAUAAUUAUUACGAAUGCCGAACCCGAUCGAAUUACAAUUAAAUCGCAAAAACAUUUAUUUAUUUACACCAUAUCAGUAUUAAGGUGUUCUGCAGAGUAUUAAUAUUGCUCAAGGAGAUUAAUUCAGAGCCCCUUGCCAUCAGUGACUGUGAUAGAUGCGGUUGGUUGUUAAUUUUUGUAUAUAUUAUUAUAUACCGUGGUAGCGCACACAGUAUGUCAUGCUUAUGUUGUUUGCACAAAUAAAAAAACCUCUUCGUCAAA